AUGAUGGCAGCUCGCCCCCAAUUGCGUCUAUUUUCAGCCUUGCGUGUUCCUCCCUCUGCACGCCGCUUUGCGACUGAGUCGCGGUUAACCUCGGACCAUGUCCGCAUCGUGGAGGUUGGCCCUCGAGAUGGACUGCAAAACGAGAAGAAGUCCAUUUCGAUGGAUACGAAGCUCGAACUGAUCCGCAGACUGGCUAAGACAGGUGUGACUACCAUCGAGGCCGGUUCUUUUGUCCCUGCCAAAUGGGUACCACAGAUGGCAAGCACAUCGGAGAUAUGUGAGCAUCUGCUCACUACACCACCGAAAGCGCAAGAUACGAUUGCAUACAACUACCUUGUCCCCAACAUCAGAGGAUUAGAGAACUUGGUGAAGAUCAUGGAAACCACAGGCGUCCCCGCAGAUGCGACUGGGUCAACAUCGAAGGCUGCCACAACAACAGAGGUCUCUCUUUUCGCCGCUGCCACCGAAGCUUUCUCGCAAGCCAACACCAACUGCUCAAUUGCCGAGUCGCUUGAGCGAAUUAAGCCCAUUGUCUCAUUAGCAAAGACAAAGAAUAUCCGAGUCCGCGGUUAUGUCUCUGUCGCCCUCGGAUGCCCUUAUGAGGGCCCGGACGUGGAUCCCGUCAAGGUCGCUGAGAUCACUGCUACUUUGCUCGAGAUGGGAGCAGACGAGGUCUCGGUUGCGGACACCACUGGCAUGGGCACUGCGCCACGAACUAUGGAACUUCUCCUUGCGCUGAAGGCAGCUGGCAUAGCAAACACAGAUUUGGCCCUCCACUUCCAUGAUACCUAUGGUCAGGCCUUGGUGAACACUAUCGUUGGCCUGGAGCACGGUGUUCGCAUCUUUGAUAGCAGCGUUGGAGGUCUUGGUGGCUGCCCGUUUUCCAAAGGUGCAACUGGAAAUGUGUCGACAGAAGAUCUUGUCCACACAGUUCACAGUCUGGGGAUGCACACGGGGAUCAGUCUGGAGGAGAUGUCAAAGAUUGGAUCCUGGAUCAGCGGAGAGUUGGGCCGGGCUAAUGAGAGCCGCGCUGGCAAGGCGACUGUCUCUCGUCUGUCGGCAGAAAAAGCAUCACUGUGA